GGUGGCAGCAGCAGAAUAACAUGAGCCCUGUGGUCCUGUGGGGCCUGCUGGUCCUGCUGUGUCAGCAGACGCUGGUCGGUGGACACGUACUGGGAAGGCCGUCGUCUGCCGGCGACCUGACGCAGCUCAAGUCUCUACUGGAGCGGUUCGAGGAGACUCUGACUGAAGCCGCCCAGGAUGAGGAGUCAGAAGCUGAUUACGAAGGAACAAACCAGGAGCCCGAGCACAGCCAGGCCAGAGGAUGGCUGCUGGACCAGGAGGAGCCUCCGGCUCCAGACAGAGCUUCACCGCCAGCCGAGGGCCGCAGUCGGGCCUCCAGCCAGAGGAACCACCUGCUGGACCUGCUCAUGACGGCCAGGAAACGGUCGUCCGGCUGCUUCGGAGCCCGGAUGGAUCGGAUAGGGAACGCCAGCGGUUUGGGGUGCAACAGUGGACGAGGUUAGUCACAGGGUUUCCUGUGUCGGAUUCUUACG